AUGAAAAUACACAGUUCGUUCUGCGCCGGGGCCGGGCGGGGGCUCGGGUGUCUAUACAUAGCGCCAUUGCUUUGGAAAGCGCGCCGCCGCGCCGGGGGAGCGCGGGCGGACGCUCGGUCGAACGGGCGCGCGCGGCGCGAAGCGAUAAUCGACCUGGGCGAGCCGUGGUGGGAAAACGCAGAACGGCCAGACCACACGUCGCCUCGUCAAUCGCUGCUGGCGGGGGCUCAGCAGGCGCAACACGAGAGAAACAAGGGACGCGCGAUAAUCGAAGCGGCGCCCGACGCUGCAACAAGUUGUUGGGCAGCGGAGGGGCGUAACGUCGAUCGUACAGGGGCGCGUUUUUGCUGUGCCAGAGCCCGGAACGGCAAUUCGGGGAAAGCGGCCGCUGGCUGGGUCACCAACGCUCUCCCUACCCGCUCCGCUACCCCCUCCCUGCCCCGGCCGCCCCGAAAGAGUGGAGAAGACGCCCCACCGAUUUCAAUAGACCUUGAAAGUGACACCGGCCCUCACGCCGGAUUCGAACCAGCGACUUCUUUCUGCCGCCGCUGCCGCAUUAAUUGCUGGCAGAGACGCCGGGCAAUGAGGCGCGUCGGGGCCGUCAUCGGGUCGAACGCGGGGCACGCCCUUCACAUUGCACUCGGCCACUGCGCACGGCACGCACGAGACACACUGUACUAG